CCAAAGCAACAAAACACUCAUAACAUUAUAGCUUAAUUUUCUUUUGUUCUCUAAUGGAGGCUUUACGACGUCGUUUGAGAACUACAGAAGCUCCACCACUCCACAAAGCUGAACUCUCCCGUUUCACAAUCCCAAACCGAAUCUUCGCGCUACUUUACGCCUCAGCAGUGGUGACACUACUCUAUCACCACACUGUCACACUAUCAAAAACUCACUUAUUCAUUUCCACAUCCUUACUCUUAUCCGACGUCGUUUUGGCUGUCAUUUGGGCCACGUCACAGUCGUUUCGAAUCAGACCCAUUUACCGUAAAGAGUUUCCCCAAUAUAUAAAUAAAGAAUCGUCGGAGAAUGAGUUUCCGGCGAUUGACGUGUUCGUUUGUACGGCGGAUCCGUACAAGGAGCCACCGAUGAACGUGGUGAACACUGUGAUUUCCGCUAUGGGUUUCGAUUAUCCGGCGGAGAAGGUUUCCGUUUAUGUUUCCGAUGACGGUGGCUCUGAUUUGACUCUGUUUGGUUUGAUGGAGGGUGCUAAGUUCGCUGCUCAUUGGUUGCCGUUUUGUGUGGAAAACGACGUCGUUCAGAGGUGUCCUGAGGCCUAUUUUGCUUCUGCUAAUCUUUCUUCUUCUAAUUUGGAUAUUCACAGGAUUAAGACUUUGUAUGAAAGUAUGAAAGUGAGAGUAGAAAAUGUUGUUGAGAAAGGAAAAAUUGAUGAUGAGUACAUCACCAAAGAAGAUGAACACAAAGCUUUCAAUAAAUGGACGGAUAGAUUCUCGCGACAAGAUCAUCCAACGGUCAUCCAGGUUAUAUUGGAUAACAACAAAGACAAAGACAUAAAAGGUCAUAUAAUGCCAAACCUUGUAUACAUCUCUAGAGAAAAGAGCAAGACUUCCAACCAUAAUUUCAAAGCUGGUGCCCUUAAUGUCCUUAUUCGAGUAUCGGCCACGAUGACGAAUGCACCAAUAAUCUUGACCCUUGAUUGUGACACGUACUCAAAUGAUCCCCAAACACCAUUAAGAGUUUUGUGCUAUUUAUUAGAUUCUAAAUUAGAAUCUAAACUUGGGUAUAUUCAAUUUCCUCAAAGAUUUUAUGGAAUCAAUAAGAAUGAUACCUAUGCUUGUGAGGUCAAAAGAUUGUUCUUUAUUAAUGCCAUAGGAAUGGAUGGGCUUUCAGGCCCAAAUUAUGUGGGAACUGGAUGUUUCUUUAGAAGAAGAGCUUUCUUCGGAGGCCCAUUAAACUUGGUAUUACCAGAAAUGGCUGAAUUAGGCCCAAAUCAUGUUGUCAGUAACUCUAUCCAAUCUAAACAAGUGAUGGAUUUGGCUCAUUGUGUUGCUAGUUGCAAUUAUGAAAACAAUACUCAAUGGGGACACAAGAUGGGUGUAAGAUAUGGAUCAUUAGUGGAGGACUUCUACACAGGCUAUCGUCUUCAAUGUGAGGGUUGGAAAGCCAUUCUUUGCAAUCCAGUUAAGGCAGCAUUUUAUGGUGAUUUCCCAAUAAGCCUAGUUGAUGUGUUGAACCAACAAAAAAGAUGGGCCAUAGGUUUACUUGAAGUUACUUUCUCUAAAUAUUCUCCAUUUACCUUUGGUACUCACUUUAUGGGCCUUGUAAUGGGCUUCACUUAUGGUCAUUAUUCUUUAUGGCCCAUUUGGUCCAUUCCAGUUGCCAUUUAUGCUUUCCUACCUCAACUAGCUCUUCUCAAUGGACUCCCUAUCUUCCCAAAGAUUUCAGAACCAUUGUUUAUUUUGUACCUUUUUCUUGUGUUCGGAGCAUAUGGGCAAGACCUCAUGGAAUUUGUCAUAGAAGGAGGAACAUUCCAAAAAUGGUGGAAUGAUCAAAGAAUGUGGAUGAUAAGGGCACUCACUUGUGGCUUGUUUGGUACAAUAGAAUACUCGUUGAAAUGUUUAGGUAUUUCUUCUUCAGGUUUUGCUUUAACAAGUAAAGUAGCUGAAGUUGAACGAAGCAAAAGAUACAAACAAGGAGCGUUUGAAUUUGGGAUCCAUUCACCAAUGUUCGUGACAUUAACAACAGUUGCAAUAAUCAACUUGGCCGCACUAAUUUGGGGCCUCAAACUUGCCAUUUCGGGGAGCAAAUAUGGUUUUGAACAAUUUUUCAUGCAAGUGAUUUUAGCGGCCUUUGUGGUGGUGAAUUGUCAACCUAUUUAUGGUGCCAUAUUUUUGGAGACUAAUAAAGGAGGUAUUCCUACCAAAACUACUUUGGUUUCAAUAGUGUUAGCCACUUCUCUCCUCAUAGUUGGUUUUCUUGCUUUGAGAUGAGUUGAAUAGUUGGUUUUAAUAGUUAUUUUUUCUUUUGUUGUUGUUGUUGUUUUUUUUUUUUUGGAAAUAAUAAUUGAGGAGAUGUAUGAAAUGGUUUCAUUUGGAUAAUUAUUUAUUAUUGGACAUAUCACAUAUGCAUUUGUAUUAUUUCUUAGUUAAAGUCAAAAUUUUCAGUGUAAA